AUGACCCCAUCCCAAAAGCGAACAUCAGAGUCCGCAUUGGAGGAGCUUUGGAGUGAUCCUGCUGUCAAAGUGAUAAAACCUCGUGGCACACUUGGCCGUGCUAGCCUUUUGGGCAAAACUACUUUUACAUCCGUCAAAGAAAUCGUUUACGCUAAUGCUGAAGCAUUCAUUUCGCAUUUUAGGAACCACAAGUCCUUCUUGGUGCAAGAUGACAGCAGCCUUUCAGCAUACACAUUUGUAAAAACAAAAAACAAUUUCUAG